AGCCUUCACUAUUUCUCUUGGUUUCAUUGCAAAUGGCUGCUCUAAAGUUUUUCCUUUUUUGUUUGGUAUCAAUCUUCAAUCAAAAGACCUCUGUUUCUGCUUCCCAGAGUGAUCAGGUUUUGUGGGCUUUUCCAAAAUCUGACAGAGAAGCGGACAUUCUACGGAAUCUGACCAAUGCUUUUGAGAUUGUGCUUUGGCAACCUGUUUCCCCUGAGAACAUUGUAAGGAAUAAGGAGGUACAUUUUUAUGUCAAUGUUUCUGAUGUAGAUAACGUGAAAGCGGAGCUUAACCGAUCUGCCAUUUUAUUCAGAGUUUCUCUGGAUGAUGUUCAGAAAAUUAUUGACCUACAAACCAUCAAUGACACUGUUACCCCCCGCAGUUCUAUUUCAUUCUAUGAGCAAUAUCAUUCUCCAAAAGUGAUCUAUACAUGGAUGGAUGAAAUAGCCAGAAGACAUCCUGAUAUCGUCCAAAAGAUACACAUUGGAUAUUCUUUUGAUAAACGUCCGCUUUAUGUUUUGAAGUUUUCACAUAGAAGCAGAACUCCCAAAAAUGCCAUCUGGAUUGAUUGUGGAAUCCAUGCAAGGGAAUGGGUUUCACCAGCUUGUUGUCUCUGGUUUACAGGACACGUUACACAAUUUCUAGACAGGGAUGUAACAAUGGCAAGACUCCUACAGCGCCUUGAUUUCUAUGUCAUGCCGAUCAUGAAUGUGGAUGGUUAUGAGUAUACAUGGACUACUAAUCGAAUGUGGAGGAAAAACCGCUCAAAGCAUGGCAACAACAAGUGCAUUGGGACAGAUCUGAAUCGCAAUUUUGAUGCAGGCUGGUGUGGAAAAGGUGGAUCCAGAAAUGACUGCGAAGAGAUUUACUGCGGACCUUACCCCGAAUCUGAACCAGAAGUAAAAGCCAUGGUUAAUUUUCUCAGAAAGCGCAAGGAUCGUAUUAAAGCAUACCUAACAAUGCACUCUUACUCCCAGAUGGUUCUGUUUCCAUAUUCAUAUACUAAAAAUUUAUCUAAAGAUCAUGAUGAGCUGCAACUGGUGGCAAACCAAGUGACGGGGGCUAUUAGAAACGCCUACCGCAACCGCUACGUGGCAGGCUCUAGUGCACAGACAAUCUAUUUAGCCCCGGGUGGUUCGGAUGACUGGGCUUAUGACCAAGGUAUUAAGUAUUCUUUUACUUUUGAGCUUCGGGACCAAGGAAGAUAUGGAUUCUUACUUCCUCAGCAUCUCAUUAAGCCAACCUGCUACGAAGCAAUUACCGGAAUCAAAAUCAUAGCUUCACAUGUGAUUAACAAUAUGUAAAACAUGCAAUCCCAUUUUGGCAUUAGGCAGUACAGCAUUACAUACAGACAACUUAAUUCAUGCCGUUUUGCUAUUUUAAUUUUAAAUAGGACUUGUUUUCCAUGUUAUUUUUCUAUGAUAAACAGUAUGGAUAAUGAAGGCCGUUCAAACCUGAUUCUGAAGAAUGGCUUUAUGAACACAGCAUUGCUCAGCUGCUGUUUAAAAGCAUUUGCAACUUUUUCCCCAUACAAACCUGAAGAAGGCUGCUACUGCUUUAAAAGUCAACUGGGACUCUUAAAGUAGCUGCAUGGGGGUGGGGGGAGGGGGUUUGCUAAGCUGGAAGCCUAAAAAAAAAACGUGGCUGCUUUAAUGAGUAGCAAAGUAGUGCUAUCCUUAUGCAAGGUUCAAAACCUUUCUUGAGAUCAUUUCUGAAAUAUGCGGCUCUAUUAGAAAUAAUUGAUUUCCAUCUAUUGUCUGUAAGUACAUUCAAAGGGAAACGGCCAAAUUUUAGGCCUUUUUCUAGAAAGAAAGAACCCAGCCUUUCAGCCUUGUGUUGUUAACAGUGCACUAUGUGAAAAUGUCACAGAACCUGCAAGUGGAGGAUCAAACAUAUGUAUGAAAAUGAAGCUUUGUAGUGGUACUGAUCUCCAGCUUAGGAGGAAUAUAGAAUAUUUUCCUUAAUUAAUUUGGUAACCAUGUGGUGUUGAGACACUCUACCAGUGCUUCAGUCAGCAACAUUAAGCAAUUUUAACAAGGACCAAUAAACAAAACCUGUGUUAAUACCUUAUAAUUAUCUUAGUAGCACAAAUAGAUCACAUCUGUAACUGGAUCUUUUGUCCAUUAUAGACAAUGAGAAUAUUUAUAUUGUUCUUCUUUAUGAUAUAAGCCUCCUGUUCUUGUUAAACAGCUUAAAUAACAUCACCUGUGUGCAAGAGAUAAUUAUAAUCUAACACCGCAGAUGGUAGAACAAAUCUUAAGAAAAAGACCCCAGGGCGGCAUUUCUUCCUCAAAUUAUCCAAUGGCGCAGAACACUGAUAAACUGAAAAAAUAGGAUCAAUACUGGGGUGGGAUAUUUAGAGAAAGAAAACAAAAGAAAAGGCAGAAAUAAAACAAUCCAAUUUUCAGAAGGGUUCCGAAGCUCUGGUCACAGUCUGAAGACCAUCUGUGAAUGGCCUUGGGUGAAACCAAAUUGAAAUGCAAACUGAAGAAACAUCUCACCCAAAACCACAUUUUCCAACUGUUUUCUGGAAUGUAGGUGCCUCCUACUGACUGAUCAUACAAAGCAUCCUUGGUUGGAGAGAUAAUUGCAGUUAGGU